AUGUCUCGAGCUGAUUCUGAAAAUACCUCUUUUCCACCGGAUGCGUCUUCAAUAGGUUCAAAAAAUGUAUAUAAAAACAAGGCCUUUCACACUUAUUCUGAAACUGGGUCUGUUUCGAGAAGUUCAUUUAAAGAUGUAACGAAUUGUGAUAGAGGUAAUACUUCCAAGGUAGAUUCAAUGAGAAAUGUGGUUUCCCUCUCCGAUGAGUUAAGAGCCAACAGGCAGGAGUUAAUUUUACACGAUUUUAACCGGCAACUUCGUAAAGUAAAAGAUUCUCUAGAAAGACUGGCUACUAGAUUAUCAGAGAAGGAUAAUUUUAGCAGCUCUUCCUCCACCUCUGAAUCCUCUGAGAGUGACUCAGAUAACGAAUUUUCAAACAACAAAAUACAGAAAAACGGUUUAAAUUCGAAGAGAAAGUCUGUAGAUUGUUCGAAUAUUCUUAAUUCGUCUUCGAGUGACAGUGAUGAAGAUAGAAAUGUCAAAUAUCGCAAACAAAAAUGCACUAGGAAAUCAAUUAAAGUCAUAACUCCUUCAGGAAGCGAAUGCUCCAUCUUGCAUUCGGACCAUUCAAUACUCACUAGUUCUGGCAAAAAGACUAAAGCCAGGACUAAAAAGAGGAAAACUACUGUUGUAAAAGCGAGCUCCAGCACUGACUUCUCAGUCUCGGACCUUAAUUUCAUCACACGAUCAGAAGAUGUAAUUCAGGACAAGAAAAAAAUGUAUCGAAUAUCUCGUUAUAAGAACAACCAGUAUAUGAGUUCAGAGUCGGAACAUAUUUCCGAAGCAAAACUUCGCAACAGACGGAGGAAGAGUUCGGCGAAGAAAUCGUCAUCAGGAACCAGCAGUGAUGUUUCUAUAAAAUCAGUUUCAAUACCCAUGAAAGAUCUAACGAAGAGACUUCUUGACAAAUUUAUUGACCUCCGCAACAAAAAUUGCCCUCCUCGGAAUUCGAAAGAUGCAUCAGAUAGUUCUUUUUCUUCAGAUUCUCUCCAUGAAACUGUUUUCAUCAGAAAAACCUGCGAAUACAAGUAA